UGCGCAUUCGAGAUUGGUAGGUUCGAUGUCCCUUGGACGUGAGAACAUGAUUAAAAUAUCAGCUUUUUUCACGGUAGCAGCAAGCUUGUUCUCUGCUGAGCCGCUGCACGCUCUGCCAAACACUUAUUUUCAGUCAAGAAAACAUGGAUUCAAGGCAGAGACCCAUUUCACGGAGAAGUAUUUCAGUCAGACUCUGGAUCACUUCAACUUUAACAGCAUGGGAAACGGGACUUUCAGUCAGCGCUACCUGAUCUCAGAUAAGUACUGGAAGAAAGGCUACGGCCCUAUUUUCUUCUACACUGGCAAUGAGGGAGACAUCUGGGAAUUUGCCCUCAACUCUGGAUUCAUCACAGAGUUGGCCGUUCAGCAGAAGGCACUGGUCAUAUUUGCUGAACAUAGAUACUAUGGCAAAUCUCUGCCUUUCGGCAAAGACUCCUUCAACAUCCCCCAGAUCAGCCUUCUGACAGUGGAGCAGGCCCUUGCUGACUAUAGUGUCAUGAUCACUGAGCUGAAACAACAGCUGGCAGCCACAGAGUGUCCCGUCAUUGUGUUUGGAGGCAGUUAUGGUGGAAUGCUGUCGGUCUAUAUGAGACUCAAGUAUCCAAACAUUGUGGCUGGAGGUUUGGCUGCCAGUGCCCCCAUACUGUCCACCGCUGGGAUGGGAGAUUCCAGGCAGUUUUUUAGAGAUGUUACAAAUGAUUUUGAAAACAUUGCCCCUGAAUGCAGAGAUGCUGUGAGAGGAGCUUUCCAUCAGCUGAAAGAAUUAGCUGAAAGCCAUGAUUACAGUCGCAUCCAGUCUGAGUUUACUCUGUGUAAACCUCCAUCGUCUGCUCAGGACAUCCACCAGCUGUAUGGCUUACUGAGGAACGCCUUCACUCUGAUGGCCAUGCUGGAUUACCCCUACAGCACUCACUUCAUGGGCAACAUGCCCGCCAACCCUGUCAAGGUGGCUUGUGAAACCAUGCUGAGUGGAUCUGACCUACUUGGUAACCUCAGGAACACUGCAGGAAUUGUAUACAAUGCUACUGGGGUGCUGACCUGUUUUGACCUGUACAAUCUGUAUUUGGAGUGUGCUGAUCCCACUGGAUGUGGACUGGGCUUUGACAGCCUGGCCUGGGACUACCAGGCUUGCACAGAGAUUAAUCUGUGCUUUGAGAGCAACAAUGUGACGGACAUGUUUCCUCCCAUGGCCUUCACUGAGAAAGACCGCGAGCUGUACUGCUCCACACGCUGGGCUGUGGUUCCACGGCCACACUGGCUCAAAACCCAGUUCUGGGGUGAUGCCCUCUCCACAGCCAGCAACAUCAUUUUCUCCAAUGGCGAUCUGGACCCAUGGGCAAAUGGAGGGGUGCGCAAGUCCUUGAGCUCAUCACUAAUAGCUGUCAACACCGGAGGAGCACAUCAUCUAGACCUGAGAGGGUCUCAUGACGAUGAUCCAGCGACAGUAAUCGCUGCCAGGAAAACAGAGGCAGACAUCAUCGAACAGUGGGUGAAAAUGGAGAGGACCAGAUUGCAAACACUAUCUUAAAGCGCAGGUUCCAAUUUGUUUCAGGACUGGGAUUAUGUAAACCAAGUUAUUUCUAAGAUUACUGUAGCAGAAUUCAGGUUCACCUCAGACCAAGGUCCAGAGAACAGAAAAUACUGGAUUCCAUAAAUCCACCUGUGUCUCCCCAUUCUAUUCUACACACUAAAUAUAGAAGACGUACUGUGUUCACCCUGGAAAAGAGCCAGAAUUGGUUGAACUUAAUCAGUAAGUGUAAUGAAUUGGUUUGAUUUCUGAGUGUGCUGCUCGUGGACAGUAGCGUCUCACAAUGCAAGCAACUAACCACAGGAGUGGAAGAGCUGCUCACAGCUGAAGAAAAUUACAACUACUCAUGGACAGUGAAAAUCUAUAAUAAAAAGUGGUUCCACUCA